AUGCUGCUGGCCGCGGUGCUGCUGCGGGGCCUCGCCCCGGCGCUGGCCGCCGCCGGCCCGCGGGGGCCGGAGCGCUGGGCCGAGGGCUUCCCGGCGUGCGGGGGCCGCGCGCAGUCGCCCAUCGACAUCGCCACGCGGCGGGCGCAGCCGGACCCCGCGCUGCCUCCGUUGCGGCCCCGGGGCACCGCCGCGGGCGCCUGGAGCCUGGCCAACAACGGCCACACAGUGGUGCUGGCGCUGCCGCGGGCGCUGCGGCUGCACGGGCUGCCCCGCGCCUUCGUCGCUGCCCAGCUGCACCUGCACUGGGGCCGCGGCGGGCGGCCCGGCGGCUCCGAGCACCUCCUGGACGGGCGGCGCGCCGACGCCGAGAUGCACGUGGUGCACUACGACGCCGAGCGCUUCGCCGACGCCGGCGAGGCCCAGCGACACGCGGGCGGCCUGGCCGUGCUCGCCGUCCUGCUGGAGGUCGGCGCUGAGCCCAACGCCGCCUACGACAACAUCCUGCGCCACCUCGGCAGCGUGCGCUACGCAGGGCAGGAAACCUCCAUCCCCUCCUUCAACGUGCGGGAGCUGCUGCCCGAGCGCCUGGACCACUACUACCGCUACAACGGCUCGCUGACCACCCCGCCCUGCUUCCAGGGCGUCCUCUGGAGCGUCUUCCACCAGCCCGUCCGCAUCGGCAGCGCCCAGCUGGCGCAGCUGCAGGGAGCCCUGUUCGCCUCGGCGGCCGAGCAGCCCGCGCCCCAGCGCCUCGUGGACAACUUUCGGGCGCCGCAGAGCCUCAACCAGCGGCUGGUGCUGGUGUCCGUCCCCGCCGGGCCGCGGGGCCGCUCGGCAGGGGAGAUCGUCGCCAUCGUCGCGGGCGCCGUCCUCCUCUGCCUCGGCCUCUCCCUCGCCGGCUACUUCGUGGCGAAGAGGAUGCGAGCGAGGAGGACGCAGGCGCAGGACGUCGUGUUCAAAUCCUCCACCCGCCGCCCGGCCUCCGACGACGGCCACCGCCUCUGAGCUGCCUCCUCCCCGCGCGCGACGCGAGUCCGGCAGGUCUCAGCCCCGUCUGGCAGACGGAGCUGGGACCCGCGGGACCCCCGUCCUCGUGCCGGGCCCCCGAGAGGCCUCCCCCCCCCCUUCC